AUGUCUUCAUCGUUCACAGUCGGCGAGCGUAUUUUAUGCUAUCACGGGCCCCUCGUCUACGAGGCUAAGAUACUAAAAGCAGAGAUGUGGGACGAAACCAACACUAAGCUCUCCACGGUUGGCCACCAUUUCUUCGUGCAUUAUAAGGGGUGGAAGCAAACGUGGGAUGAGUGGGUGCCUAUCACACGGCUGCUCAAAUUCAAUGACACGAAUGUGCAGCUGCAGAAAGCACUAAUGGCACAGGCCAGCGCGGCUGCGUCUACUUCGGGGUCGUCCUCAAAAGGGAAGGCUCAUGGCGGGGGUAUGAUAAAAGACAGUAGCUCCUCACGCGGUGGCGGGCUUGGGCGUAAGGAUGGUAGAGGAACCAAGAGAGGGAGAGAGGAGGACGACAGCAGCAAGAAGCCGGAAAUGAAACUCAAUGUCCCAGAGGUGCUGAAAGUACUGCUUGUGGAUGACUGGGAGGCGAUCACAAAGAACAGUCAGCUGGUAUCUGUACCACGAAGCCCAACAGUCGUUGAGAUCCUCCAGGAGUUCAAAGAUUAUGUGAUAGGGCUCGGGAAAAGCACAACCCUUCGUGAGCCUGAACUCGUCCUCCCAACGGUAAUUUCAGGGUUGCAAGUUUACUUUGAUCGCUCGCUCGGCGCAAACCUUCUCUACCGCUUUGAGCGUCCACAAUACGCUGAGAUCCGCAAGCAGUAUGUCACGGGCCCCAAGGUGCAAGUUGGCCAGGAGAAAGAUAUGAGCGCCAUAUACGGAGCAGAACACUUGCUCAGGAUGCUUGUGAGUCUACCACAGAUGGUCGCCAGUUCUACAAUGGACGCGGAGAGCGUCGGGCUAGUGAGGGAUUAUGUCAACGAGCUACUAACGUUUAUGAUGAAUGACCGCAGUCGGCUGUUUUUGACAGAGUAUGAAAGCUCAAGUUUGCAAUAUCAAAAUAUCUCUCGAUCGUAA